AUGCUCCGUUACAUGCGGAAGAACCCAUCAGACGACUUCUACAAUGAAGUUCAAGACGCAGUGAACCGCAGUCCGAGGCGCGACAUUCUCGUUAUCGCAGGGCACCGGAACGCACGCACUGGUUCAUCAGACGAGCAUACUCGGCAUGUUCUGGGAAAGUUCGGCCUUGGUCAACGUUGCGAAAGUGGCGAACGCCUAGUCACAUUUGCUGACCUUAACCGGCUGGUCGUGNAUCUGCUCACGUGGCACUCAAACGGUGGUCGAACGGCACGCCAGAUUGAUUACAUUUUGGUACGUGCUCGCUGGGCCUCUUCGGCAGAAGACACCGUUCCUAUCGCAGCGCAGAAACUGGAAACAGGAACGGUACAAACCAUACCCUUGUAUGCGCCCGCUUCAAGAUCCACUUGA